AUGCGAUGUACUGCUCGCCCAUCGAGCAGGCGGAUAGCAUUCCCACUGCGCGCAGUCUUGUUCGGUCUACUAUCCUUCCUCAUAACAUCUGCGCAUGGAAGAUUGGUGAAGCGAGACGAGGUCAACUACUGCAUCAACCCCCCAGCCGCGGGGCCAUCGGAGGACUUCUCGGACAACAUAUCUUUCACGGUCGGCUCCGUCGUUGACAUUGGGUGGGUGACAGACUAUCCGUCUGUUGCCUUGCAACUAUGCCAGCAAGGCCCGGACUCUACCGCUGCGUGCUACCCGCUGUUUCGCAACCAGGUCUCGGUGACGUCUGUGCAAUGGACGGUGGGCCUCGGGGGCAGUGGGUUCAUUCUGAGCGACGGCCAGGUCUUCUACUUCCAGGUUUUCAAUGGCAACCUCGACUCCGAGGAUACCUUCACAUGCCACUAUUUCAACAUUGUCGAGAAUGGCAAGCAGACCACGCAAAGUGUCGUCACCGCAACAAUGAAUCCUGGCGCUGUCGCCGCGUCUUCCUCAUCUGUCGAACCCUUCGUCCAGACCGUUACGAUGACCCCUAAAAUCACCCUACAAGCCGCUGUUGUCUCCGCAACACCUUCGUCUUCGGUCAGCUUUACAAGUACGACAAAGGGCUCAACACAGAGUCCGAGCAUUACCAGCGAACCUUCAAGCUCCGGCCUCUCUCAGAGCGCCAAAGUCGGAAUCGGCGUCGGUGUGGGCGUGGGUGUGGUCUGCCUCGCAGUUGGGCUGCUGAUAGGCUUCUGCCUCUGGCGACGAGGAAAGCAAAAGUCUGCACAGACACAGGAUGCACAACAGCAGCAGCAAGACCCGUUCUUGCCUGCAGUCUACCAGGCCAGCAGCGGCGAGACACAAUCCGCCUUCAGCGCGGAUCCGAAAUAUGCACCAAUGCAGCAGUACGGCUAUCAUGGUGGAGAGUUGCCGGUGACUGAGCGGCCGGCAGAGAUGGCUCAUGGGGGCUCGCCGACGCAGGAGUUGCCGGGUUCACAGCCUUUCCAGGCGUAUAGACCGGGUGCGACAUGA